CCUUCCCUUCCUCAUCUGGCCUCACUUACCCUCUAUCGGCAACCAUGAGGCCAGGAAACACCCUCCUCCUCCUCCUUGCCAUCUCUUCUUCCCUUCUUCCCCUUGCCUCCACCGCCAGCGUCCUCGAUCUCCGCCCCCUUCCCCCUCGCAAGCCUCUUCCCCCUGUCGACCCACAAGUCAUCCCCUUCUGCAACAAGGCCGACCACCCCAAAGUAUGCAUCAACUCCGCCCGCUACUACACCCAUGAGUUCCCGUCCAUCGACGCCACCAACAUGUUCAACGUCAUGGCCUACGCGCUUAAAAACCGCAUCAGAUUCGUCCAAGAGAAGGCCGUCGCCAUGUCCAAAAGCCAGAAGGUUAGCGACGCGGCGCGGGUCAGCAUCAACGAGUGCGUCAGUUUGUAUAGCGAAGCUCUCGAUAGCUUGAGCACAGCGAUGGUGGGAUUCGUGACACGCGACGGGGGGGCGUUCGAGGCCAAGCUCAACUCGGUGAUCUCGAUACUCAAGGCUUGCGACGGAGCCUUCAAAGGGAAUCCCAACCCGCUGUUGAAGGAGGAUGAGCGGCUGAUGAAGAUGACGAGCAACAGCAUCGCCAUGGGCAAAUUGUCCUUAUAAAGAAGAGAAAGGUGGCCAGGGAACCGGUUUCUAUCUGUGUGCUUUAAUUCUUCCACACUAUAUAUAUGUGUGUGUGUGUGUGAUUAAAGAGAUGGAAGGAAAUGGUUGGAGUUUAUAGGAUUGAGUUGAAGAAGUGGAUCAUGGGUGGGUUUCCAGCUCCUUUGCUUAAAUUGCAAUGGUUAUGGGUGUUCUCGGAUUAUGGGAAGGCAAUUACGUCCCAUAACCAUAAGUUUUCUCCUGCAUCAAUCAAUAUAUAAGUCCAUAUAUAUGUAUAAGUAUCGAUAAUUUUUAUUAGCCUUAUGAUUCUCCAAAUGACACUGCGUUGAUCGGAUUAUCAUGAACAAUGCAGUGAAUUUACCAUGUUUUAUUAGCCUUAUGUUAUAAUCUAAUGCAAGAUAAUUUUUAAUAGUUUC